AUGAAUUGGCUAAAAUUUAAGUGGGUGUUUUUGUUAGUGACAGUAAAUGUGCUCCUAGUAAAAGCAGUGCCUGCGAACAUCAGUAGGACGCGUGAAAAGGACCAAAGGACGGGUUCCAAGUACGUCGAGAUAAAAUUGCCAGUUAAGAUAACUUCGAUGGAGGAUUUGGUCGCGUGGGUGAAGAACGCGAUGCAGACAAUGGCCUCAAGAAUUGACAUCACGUUGGCCGCGGAUUCUUCAGCGGUUGCUGAUCAGAAGAAUUCGGAAAGCAAGCCCCAAGUUAGCCAAGUCAGCGAGAGCAAAAUGGUGCUCAAACCAAAAGAAGAAACUGAGAAGCUGCCUAUCACCAGAAGUCUUCCCGUUCCAGGGUUUGAAAAUCCCUGGUUCCCCUACGGAAAUGAUGUGUUCCCUCCGGUCAUCAAUGCGGACGCUUAUUUGCCGCUCUUUGUCGGAGAUUUGGGCAGCAGGUACGCGCUGCCCACUGCUGGGUUUGAUAUAAGGAAGAACUUCUUCCAAAACAUCCGUCAGGAAGUUACUACGACGACAAGUACUACCACUCCGGCACCGAGAGCUGUAAAGAUUGAGAGCAGAAGCUCUACGGAGAGAAAUGAUUCCAAUAAUGGAGAUUCGGGUGCUAUUCCCUUUGCCAUUCCAUUUGAAGCAUUCAUCACGAUAACUAGAGACGAAGAAACUGUCCAGAAAGAAGAUUCGGAUGAGCAUGAAGAAUCUAACGCGAAGAAAGAAGUUGAAGUUUCGACGAAUAUUAAGAAUGAUGGCAAGAAGAAAGAGAGUGCUCGCAAGAGGCAAAUCGCCGUUCUUGGAGACUUGCUGGAGGCCCUAGGCUUGACCAGGAGGCCUGACAAGAACAAGAUUGAAGGAGCAGCUACCACCACCGCCGGGACCAAGUCCAAAAGGCCUAGGGAAGAACCUUUGAGACCACCCAUUGCGUUUGGCGAAGUGCCUCCCCGGCCGUCGAGCGAAGAUUCCUUCCAGCGACAGGAGUUUGAAAAUGAGCUGGAUGAUGACGACGAGGAAGAAGACGGAGGAUCUCUUGGCUCCGUCGCAGACUUGCUGCCCCUUGCGCUGCCCAUUCUCGAAGAUCUCAGUGAUCCUGAGAGCGAUGCAGACUUAAUUGAAAUUCUCCAAGCUGGUGUUCCGAUUCUUGCAGGUCUUUCCGAGCCUGAUGAAGACGGGAAUGGCGGGGCGAAGGAAUUAAUUGAUAUGAUCGUUCCUGUGGUUACUAAAAUUAUUAAUGGACCAGAUGGCCAAGGAAUAGAUCUUGGCGCAUUAAUCGGACCGAUAUUCAGUCUCCUGGCGCCAUUUAUCGGGCCAGUACUCGCCCCGGUAAUCGGACCCCUCGUGCGAUCAAUCAGUAAUCCUCCGACCGAAGGAUCUUCUUUGGGUGCAUUGCUUGCAGCAAUCACAGGACCUCUUAGUACGCCACAAGAGCCCAGCGGGAUGUCUCCUCUUGCCAUAGUAAUUGCCGGAACAGCCGCCGCGCUAUUACGGGAGUUAAAACCCGGUCUGCCGGGAGGAUUAGAUGUUGGAGCUCUUGUUGGAGCUGUCUUGACCGGAGUAAUCUCAGGAACUAGCGCAGGAUUGAGUGGCGGCUCUUCGGAUUCUAAUGCUCCUCAUGAUCAAGCUCAACCUUACGGUGCUAAUCUUCAACGACCAGCUUCUUCAAUAAAUGACAAUGUUAUUUUUCCUGGAAGACCAUCACCAGGACCGCCUUUAAAUAGUCCUUUUAUUAUUAGACGACCAAACAAUCAAGCAGCGACAGUAAAUAUAGGAUCAACAGCAAGACCUUACGUACCUCCUCCGCAAUAUCAGCAAUAUCAGCAUCAACAACCCCCAGGACAGUACCCUCAAAAUCAGCAGCCCACUUCUAACUACCCGCAGUACCAACAAUCAGCUUCAAACUACCCUCAGCACCAGCAGUACCGGCCUCAGUACCAACAAUUCGCGGCUCCGUCGCGACCCGCGAGUCAAACUCAGCAAUUCAGGCCUGGUCCUACUCCACCGAGCCCUUAUCCUUAUAAUCAACACACAGGAUUAGUUCCAGCUGCAGCGAACAAUAAUGGAAAUUAUGGAGUACCUGCAAAUACAGUAAAUCCUCUGAGUUUAAUAGGAAACACAGUGAAGGAGCUUCUGGGAGGUGGAAUUUCCCUGGUAUCUACAGUGAUCAAUGCGGUCUUUGGAGUCGUAGGAGCUUCUUCAGCGUCCAGCGAUUCUCCACCUGCUCCUUCUUACGGACCACCAACAGGUCACUAUACCCAAGCUUCUGAAGAAAUCGAUUCUUAG